AUGUAUGAUAUGUUUUAUUUGUUACCAAUUUUUUUAAUAUUUUUAAUAUCAUAUUCAAAUCUUUUAAAUAAAUUUUAUUCUAGAAAAUUAGUACAUUUGGGAUGUGGUAUAAUAUUAGCAAAAAUAAAUGAACCAAAAAUACCAUUAAAAUAUAUAAUAGAAUUAAUAGCAAUAUUAUCAAUAAUUUCAUGUUUUAUAUUACCAUUUCCAUUUUCAAGAAAAUAUGAUCUUGGUGUUAUAACUUAUAAUUUAUCUAUUCUUUUUUUCAUAUGGUUCAAUUUACCAUUAAGAAUUCUAUUACCCAUGUUCAUUAUUGAUCCAAUGGCUUCUAUUAUUGGUAUUAAUUUCAAUAGUCCAAUAUGGAUACAUACUAAAACUCUUAAUUUAGGUUAUUUUAGACUAAUUUACGUUAUUUUAGUUUGUUUUAGGAAUUAUAAUUGUUAUUAUACUCAUCCUAAGAAGGGUGAAACUAUUACUAUUCCUAAUACUAAUGUUAAUAUCAAAACUGGUACUCCUAAUCCUGAUGGUACCUGUAAUACUACUGCUACUUCUCAGAUUACUGGUACUGUCACUAUUAAGAAUCCUACUAAGACUGAGGGUCCUAAACUUACUAUUACUAAUAUUACAGAUACUGCUAAUGCUCUUCAGAAUACUGAUGCUGGUACUGAGUGUAAUGUUAGUGUGGAUGCUGAGAAGGGAACUCUUAAAAUUAAAUAUAAGGAGGGUAAUACUGAUAAGUGUAUUGAAAUAACUCUUACUGGUAAUAGUAUUAAAACUGAAGCUGCUGCUGUUCCUUAUGGUCAUAUAUUUACUGAACCUUUUGAUACCAUUCUAUCUCAUUGA